AUGUGGUUAUACUUAGUACGGAAUUAUAUCUAUUGGUAUUUGAGGAAAGUGAUCAAAUGGUUCUUGCGCCAGACCACUAAGCUUUGCGAACUGCAACGCAUAUGUUAUGCGCAGCCGGCGGGCGCUCGCAGAACGCUGAAUGUAGAACGAUCUUUGCGCGAUUCCAACAGGCCGCAAAUACGCGGUCUGCUCACUGUGUUAGACGCUCGUGCAUCAGACCGAAGUUUCUACUUGGGACGUUCCAUUCAGAUACCAAAUGCCGUGUCGACAAUCACACGUGUAAAGCGUAUUGACCAGUGUGAGUAUGAACGAUUUAACAAUGCUCUUGGACAGUGUGUGAACAAUAUAUGGUCGUAUAUGCAACUAGUAGAAGAGAUUAAGACAAGUGCAGCCAUUCCAUAUGAUUGUACCAACGAUGUGCAUGAAAAAUCGUUGUUACUUUUAUGGGAUGAAUUGAUGCCAAAUGAUCGCCUAGAAAAUAGGGUAACCAAACAGUGGCAGGACAUUGGAUUCCAAGGAGAUGACCCAAAAACUGAUUUUCGAGGCAUGGGAACGUUAGGGCUGGAUAAUUUGGUGUAUUUUGCAUCAAAAUAUACCCAUUUGGCCAGACAAGCAUUAUCACAUUCAAUGCAUCCCAUCCAUGGGUAUGCAUUUGCAAUUGUUGGAAUAAAUUUAACGAGUAUGGCAUUAGGACUGGUCGUUGAUGGUUCAGCCAAGACUCAUUUUUAUAAUACGCGCAAUGCGCCCGAAUAUGAAGAUUUCAAUGAGUUCUAUUGUUACUUAUUUUGGAAGUUUGACAAAUUUUGGUUGGACGCAAAACCAAAGGAUCUCAUGGAGUUUGCAAUUCAUCGUAAGCAAUUUGAAACGACUAUUAGACAAACGCUGGAAAAUAUUGAUACUGUUUUUCUAAUUGAUGUUCCUAAUGAUAAUACAACUGAUGUGUUAAAUAGGUGA